UACACACUAUACACAUUACACACUAUAUACAUUACACACACUAUACACAUUACACACACUAUACACAUUACACACACUAUACACAUUACACACUAUACACAUUACACACUAUACACAUUACACACUAUACACAUUACACACACUAUAUACAUUACACACUAUAUACAUUACACACUAUAUACAUUACAUACUACUAUACACAUUAACACACUAUACACAUUACACACUAUACACAUUACACACUAUACACAUUACACACACUAUAUACAUUACACACUAUAUACAUUACACACUAUAUACAUUACAUACUAUACACAUUACACACACUAUACACAUUACACACUAUACACAUUACACACACUAUAUACAUUACCACACUAUAUACAUUACACACUAUACACAUUACACACUAUACAUAUUACACACUAUACACAUUACACACUAUACAUAUUACAUACUAUACACAUUACACACUAUAUACACAUUACACACACUAUACACAUUACACACUAUACACAUUACACACUAUACACAUUACACACACUAUAUACAUUACACACUAUAUACAUUACACACUAUACACAUUACACACACUAUACACAUUACACACUAUAUACAUUACACACUAUAUAC